AUGCAGGUACACGCAAGUGGAACACAAAAUGCGGAUCAUGACGCAAAAAAUACACAGGACUACGGAUUGCCGUUCGACGACCUGUUGGCAGACCCAGUUAACCCAUACGGGUACAUAAACAUGCCGAACUACGAAGAGUACGAAGAAGAAACAGUGUACGUCAAAUACGAAAAUGAGAAGACGGGAAUAGAGGACUACUACAGAAAGUACGUGGACGAUAAUAAGAGUAAGGGGUUCGACAUGGAAAGUGAGGCAGUGGAGGAGCAGCAACCUACGACGGAAAUGCUGACAAAAAAGUUCCCGUUCGUAGUAAAGUCGCAAAUAUGUAUGUCAAACUGUUUCUCAAAUGAACUGAAGCAGCCACAAAUGGCAAGCCUAUUAUAUCGCACAUCACCAAGGAAUAUCGUAUUGAUACCAAAUGUAACAUCAAGUUCGAAAAAUGAACAAUAUUUAAACAAAUUAUUGAAAUGUAAAAUACACUCGUUCUAUAAGGAACAAGAAAGAAAAGGUAAAAAGGAAAAUGGAAAGAGAGAAAACAAAGAAAAAAUUAAUGAAGUGGUGUCAGUAAAUUUAAAUAUAACGAAUUACCCAGUGUUGUUGGAAACAGAAUUGUUGUCAUCAGUGAGAAGUAUGCUGAGUAAAGGAGGGAUCGGAGAGAGUAAAAGAGGAAAAAAUGAAAAAUACCAAAGAAUAAAUACAGUAUUAGAAACAAUACAGCAGUGGAAAAAUAAAAAUAACAGAAACAGAAUAUGCCAAGUAAUAUCGAAGCUAACAAACACAGAAGAUGUAGGCCAGGAAGAAGAAACAACAAUAAAUGUAAUAAACUGCCACACCUUUUGGUCAGAAGAGUCAACAAGAAGGUCAAAAUUGGAAUUUAAAGUAGAAGGAGUAGAAAAUGGAAAAAUAAAAAAAGAAAAGGAAAAAAUAAAAAUGGGAGGAGAUGAAACAAUACUGAUAGGAGAAGUAAACAUGGCAACGUGCGCAAGCUUCAUGGACGAUUGCCUUCCAAACGGAAUAAGCAUGGAAUCAGGAAGCGUAGUCAUCAACCAAAAGGUGAGAGUGAGUAAAAAGGAAAAGGAAGGAGGGAAACAGUGGGUGUUGGAAGGAACACUGGACCCAAGCUAUUACCUAGCAAGAAAAAUAGUAAAAAAGCUACACAACAGAAUAGAGCCAAUAUAUUAG